AUGGCCGAUGCAGGUGGCUGGAGCACGAUCGAGUCAGACGAGGGUGUCUUCACCUCUCUGAUCGAGACCCUCGGCGUGAAAGACGUCCAAUUCGAAGAACUCAUUUCUCUAGACGCAGACACCAUUCGAUCCUUAAGCCCCGUCUACGGCGUAAUCUUCCUCUUCAAAUGGACGCGUGAAGCAACCGGCGCCGGCGCCGAAGCACCACUAGACGGCACCUACGACCCGAACGCGACCGAAAACGGGCUCUUCUUCGCGGCGCAAACGAUCCAGAACGCCUGCGGCACACAGGCCAUCCUCUCCGUGAUCCUGAACCACGACCCGGCGCCCACGCCCAUCGAGCUGGGGCCCGAACUGCGCUCCUUCAAGGACUUCACGACCGGUUUCCCACCCGAGCUGCGCGGCGAGGCCCUCUCCAACUCGGAGGCGAUUCGCUCCGCGCACAACGCGUUCGCAAAGGCGAGCCCGUUCGCGGACGAGACGGCCCGGCCGCCGGACGAGGAGAAUGCGGCGGAUGUCUACCAUUUCAUUGCCUAUACGCCCGUGAACGGCACGCUGUACGAGCUUGACGGGUUGCAGCCGCAUCCGAUCAGCCACGGGCCGUGCGAUAGUGCGGCGUUCCCGGAGAAGGUUAUUGAGGUUUUGCAGAAGCGCAUUGCGAGGUAUCCGGCUGGGGAGACGGCGUUCAAUCUGAUGGCGGUUGUGAGGGAUCCGAGGGUCCACGCGAGGGAGAUUGGGGAUACGGAGACGUUGGAGCGAGAGGAGAGGAAGAGGGCUGCGUGGCAGUGGGAAAAUACGCUGCGGAGGUGGAAUUUCGUGGGGUUUAUUGGUGAGAUGAUGAAGGGGGUGGUGAGGAUGAAGGAUGGGCAGGAUCCAUCUGGGAAGGCAUAUGAGGAGUGGGUGGAGGCGGCGAAGAAGGAGACCAGGAAGAAAUUGGAGAUGCGCAGAUAA